AUGGGGAUUAGGAGAGGUGCAACGGUAGAGGAGGCUGUGAUGAAUGUGCGUAGAAGGCGUAGGCAUCGUGCUGAUAUUCUAAAUGAGAUUGAAGCUGACAUAACAGAGCUAAAGGAAAAUCUUUGUCCCUCUACUGAGGAUAGGAGUAUGUGGCGCAGGGGGUCGGGAUAUAAAACUAGUUUCUCAACUAAUGAGACUUGGAGAAUAUUGAGAGUAAAUUAUACUCAAUGUAGUUGGUCAAGAAGCGUCUGGUUUCCGCAGGCAACUCCCAAGUUCUUGUUCAUAGUGUGGCUUGCGAUGUUAAACAGGUUAUCAACUAUGGAUAGAAUUUCAAGUUGGAGUAGAGGGGUUGAUGAAACAUGUGUCUUGUGUAAGUGUGCUCCUGAAACAAAGAAUCAUCUCUUCUUUGGUUGUUCCUUCUCUUCUCAGUUAUGGGAAUAUCUUGUGAAAGGGAUUUUGGGUAGUGCUUAUACAAACGACUGGAACGCUGUAGUACUCUUGAUCACAGAUCAGUCCAUGGAAAGAAAGAAACUCUUCUGCAUAAGAUAUGCGUUUCAAGCUGCGGUACAUGCGUUAUGGAGGGAGAGAAACAAGAUCAAGCAUGAUGAUAAGCCAUUGCCACUGCCAGUUCUACAGAAGCUGGUUGAGAAAGGUGUUCGCAAUAAGCUAAGUCUGAUGAGAAUUAAGGGUGGAAAAGGGAUGCAAAGAGUUUUGCAGUAUUGGUUUGGUGCUAGAUUGUAA